AUGUCCCCCCUUCCCCUUACCGUGCGCAGCUGGAGCUACUUCGUGUUAUCCGCGGUCGUCUUCACGCUCGGGCUCCUCCUCAACUUCAAAGCAUACACCAACUUUGCGGCCAUCGGCAGUGUGGAAUGGCGUUCCAGCGACUUCAGCUUCCUGGAGUCGGACCAUCCCCCAACUUUAUACCCGCUCUUCCAGCACCCGCGGGACGCCGCCAUCGUCAUCGAGGAGACGGUCCACUAUCACCCGAACAACUCGCGAGAGUGGUCAUCGAUGUACCCAGCGGGAUCAGAGGGCUUCGUACGCCUCGGCCCGCAAGGGCGGCUCUUCGGCGUCUCGAUGUUCCGCCAGCUGCACUGUCUCGAUGAGAUGCGCCGCGCGAUGGUAGAGCCGCCGAAUACGGAGCAGGCCGACUCGCACGUCCAGCACUGCCUCAACCAUAUCCGCCAGAUGUUGCUUUGCGCCAGCAGCGUGCGGCUGGAGGCGAUGAAGAAGGACGAGACACUUGGGGAGAAUGCGGAAAAGAUAGACGGAUUGGGCUUUGAGCAUCAGUGUCGGGAUUGGAGCCUGUUGUGGAGGAAGGUGGAAGAGAACUACGCGGGAUGGACUGAUGAAGUGGGGCACGCUUGA